CAGCUGCAAGCUCGUGGCAAUGCAUCUUUCGAACGAGAGGGAGGGAGAACAGCAGCAGUCGUCUGGGCACUCGGCAAACUAUCGCAGUUGUCUGGGUGACAGCUACCUCGGCUCGACAGUUUAUGAGCGUGUAAAGAAUGAGAAGAGAGGAUUCUCUUACCGACUGGACAGCGCAGGAGACUCACCCUAAAAAAACUUUGACAUGAAGAAGGAUAUUGAGACGCUGAUAGCAGAGGAACGGGCUGACAUCAUCUCCAAGUAUGACAAGGGCAGGCAGGAGGGUGUCCACAUCGACCCCUGGGAGGAUACUGACUACAGCAUCUAUAAGUUCACAGACCGCCACGGCUUCCUGCACGAAGAGGAGCUGCCCACUCCGAGUGCAAUUGAAGAGAAGCAAAAGCAUCACGAGAUAGAGCGGGUGGAGAAAUGGCUGAAGAUGGUCAAGAAGUGGGACAAGUACAGGAACAGCGACAAGAUGGUGAAGCGUGUGUACAAGGGAAUCCCCCUCCAGUUGAGAGGCCAGGCCUGGGCUCUGCUACUGGACAUAGAGAAGGUGAAGCAGGAGAACUCUGGAAAGUAUGAGACUAUGAAGGAGCAGGCCAGGAGUUUCUCCACAGAGAUCAAACAGAUUGAUCUGGAUGUCAACAGAACCUUCCGGAACAACAUCAUGUUCAUGGAACGCUUUGGAGUCAAGCAGCAGGCCCUGUUCCAUGUGCUAGCGGCCUACUCCGUAUACAAUACGGAGGUGAGCUACUGCCAGGGGAUGAGUCAGAUCGCCGCCAUCCUGCUCAUGUACCUGAACGAGGAGGACGCCUUCUGGGCCUUGUCCCAGCUCCUCACAAACAACAACCACACCAUGCAUGGAUUCUUCAUCCCUGGGUUCCCCAAGCUGCAGCGCUACCAGGCCCACCACGAGCAGAUCCUGUCCAAGCUCCUCCCCAAGCUAAAGAAACACCUGGACAGAGAGCAGAUGUCCAACGGAAUAUACACCACUAAAUGGUUCCUGCAGUGCUUCAUAGAUAGGACCCCGUUCACCCUGACCCUGCGCUUGUGGGACAUCUACAUCCUAGAGGGAGAGCGGAUACUCACAGCCAUGGCCUACACCACCCUCAAAAUACACAAGAAGCGCUUGCUGAAGCUUCCUCUGGAGGACCUGAGGGAGUUCCUCCAGGAGCACCUGUCCAGCUCAUUCUUCCUACCCGACGACGUGGUGGUGGAGCAGCUGCAGGCGUCCAUGGCCGAGCUCCGUAAGAUGAAGCUGGACCUCCCACCAUCAGCCAAGUCAGAGGAGCUGCCUAAGAAGCCCCUCGGUGAGGAGCGGCCUGUUCUCCUGAUGCCCUUCCAGCGUGAUCUAGCCCUCCCUCUGGACCAGCCCAAGACCAGUCUCCAGCCCCACAUAGAGGCCCACAGGCCGGACACCAUCACCCUUGAUCGCUCCUUCUGUCCCGGGGACACCCAGGACACCAGCAGCAUCCCUGGGGCCCACGACCCCCUGCCCUCUCAGGAACCGGUGGUAGUCCACAAUCAGGCUCUGAUGCCAGAAGGGCCUAAAAUGUGUCCAGUCACCCCACCCAAGCCUCCGCCGAAGCCACAUAAGGUUGGUUCCACUCCAGGGGUGCGGGGUGUCAGGGAUAGGGUGGAGGAGUGUCCGAGUGACCAUGUCUCAGAGGUGGAGAAAGGAGGAGAAAGGAGUCUGUCUGAGGGUAGGGGUGGUAGAGUGGGGAUGGAGGCCCGAUCUGCAGGUCCAGAGACCCAGGAAGAGCCCGGUUACUGGCCUCCGCCCUACGUGCCCCCUGUUGGGGAUGUUUCCAUCACACAGUCUGGAUCAGGGUCCAAGACACUGGAGUUCCCGGAUCUACCCCCUCCACCCUUUUACUCUAUGGAAGAGAGCGCCCACACACCCCUGGGCCCCGAACCUCUAUGCUUGCGAGACGGGACCAAGGUAGGGCUGAAGUCGGACUCUGUGCCCCCCUGCUCGGCUCUUUCACUAGAGGUAGAACCCCUACCGAAGCCUAAGAGUCCGCGUCCACCUCCACCCACGUCCCUGGACCUCAUCCUGGAGGAAUCCCCAUCCUCGCGGCCCUCUUUUUCACUCGCCUUUGCCAAGCCGUCCCCCCGAAUCACCUUCAAACCCACUAUGUUCCCCGUGUCACUCUGCGUGCCCCAGGCGGCAGGGGACCGCCGGCCCUCAAACACUUCCCAGUACGACAACCUCUCGGAGGCUGACGGCGAGGACUGCUUCAUGGACCGGCUGCUGGAGGUGGCCACUGCCCUGCCGCAGAGCCCCUUGCCAGGCACCAGCCCUCAGGAAACACUGGGGAUGUUCGGCCUACCACCACCACCGCGCAUACCUGAGCUAGAUGAUGACCCCUCAUCCUCCUCUCUUUUCCAUCCCCUACCGCCGCCUCCUCCGGUGUUCCUCCUUUCCCUGCCCGACACCUCCUCUCCCACCCUUCUCUCUGCCUCUCCCUCCCCCUCUCUUCUUCCUACCACCUUCUCAGCCCUUCCCUCUCUUCCACAGGAGCCGGACUAUGAAGGACAGGAGGAGAGCUGGGUGGUAGACUCCAUCGUCAUCCCUCCGCCGCCGCCCUGCUUCGCCGAUAGACUGGCUCCUUUCCAGUGUAGCCCUCCUCCUAACCACCACACUGGGCUCCACAGCCCAACGGACACACACAGAGCCACCACUGCCAACCAGAGCCAAAGCUCAAACCAGAACCAGGUCUCCUCCCAGUUACAAAAACUGCCCACGGCCCACAGGCCCCUCCCUGCCCUGCCUGCCUUCACGGCCCAGAUGCUGCUUCCGGGGCCCUCAUCUGGACAGUCGGCAGGAGAGGUCACCUCAGUGCGAUCCAACCCAGACUUUUAUAGAAUGCAUGCUGGAAGCCACCAGCUGCCCAAAUCGGUCACCUUUUAGGGUUUCUAUAGUUUGAAAGAGUUUGAAAGGUAAAGAAUUUGAGACACGUGGCUGUGUGGGAACGAGACAAUGGACUGAAGACUGCUGCAAUUACCUACUGUGCUCAUCUAACAUACAAAGCCAUUUUGUAGGAGGGAGAGGGAAAAGCCCUUAGUGUGGUCAGUUGCUGUUUUUGGAGAGAGCAAAUCACUUUUUUCAUAGUUAUGUAUAGAUAUUUUGUGGUGUUUGCACCUUUGUAUUAAGAGCAACAAGUAGUUUUCUAAAUGUUCACCUAAAUUUGAAACCGUAGUCUUGCCUCACAUUUUGGAGGUAGUUUUAAGGUGUGUGUGCAUGUGUCUGGCAAUAUGACCAGUUGGUCUUUUCAUCAUGUAGGAAUCUGUUUCUUUCGGUUCCUUUUUCCUGUAACAGCAGUGUCUUAAGCGUUGAGCAGUUUAACAUCCAAUGAAAACAGGAAUUUCUGUUCAAGAACUUAACUCAAAGGGCUUUCCAAGUUGGCAUACAGUCAUUGUGAAGCACCAAAGGCCUAUAUCCCAUACCAGUACUUAAUUUAUUUGAGCAGGCUCACAGAACUCAAUAAAAUAUAGUUAGACCAUAUGGUUAUUGAACUUAUUUGAAUUUGCUUAUACACUGCUUAAAAACAUUAUUUGUAAACUAUUUAAAUAACAUUUAUACGGCCUGUUAUUCAUGAUUUUGUAAUGAUGAAUAGUUGGCAGUUUAUACUUAAACGUAUGUUACAUACUGAACGUGAGGAAAUGACAUAUGAUGAUUUACAAGCCAUUUGUUCAUGGUUACCAAACUAUUUAAAGAUUUUGUAUAAGCAAAAUGUUUAAGCAGACCUUCAAAUUAGGUGCUCUCACUAUUUAACUCUCUCUCUCGUUGAUAGAGCCAUGGUGCAAUAGUCAUUACUGUAUAUACUGACGCAUGUUUCAUUGAGCAUCAAGGACUUAUAGUCGAGUCCUUUUUCUUUUAUGUUAGAAGCAGUACUGUGUUGGUUUGGAUUUUGCUGGUUUUCUUUGUUUCAUCUUGUGGAUAUCGUUUGCAUUUUCGAAGGCAUUUUAUUGUGUUACUAUUAUUCCAGUUUGUUUUGAUACCUUUCUGUGACAUCACAGCAAUAACGUACUGUACAUAUUUUAUGGAGAAGGGUUAUGCACAGUACCAGUCAAAAGUUAGGACGCACCUACCCAUUCAAGGGGUUUUCUUUAUUUUUACUAUUUUCUACAUUGUAGAAUAAUCAUGAAGACAUCAAAUCUAUGAAAUAACACAUGGUAUCAUUUAGUAACCAAAAACAAGUGUUAAACAAAUCAUUUUAGAUUCUUCAGAGUAGCCACCCUUUGCCUUGAUGACAACUUUGCAUUCUCUUUGCAUAUUUCCAACCUUCAUGGGAAAUGCUUUUCCAACAGUCUUGAAGGAUUUCCCACAUAUGCUUAGCACCAGUUGGCUGCUUUUCCUUCACUCUGCGGUCCAACUCAUCCCAACCUAUCUCAAUUGGGUUGAGGUCGGGUGAUUGUGGAGGCCAGGUCAUCCGAUGCAGCACUCCAUCACUCUACUUCUUGGUCAAAUAGCCCUUAGGUGUAGGUGUGUUUUGUAGGUGUGUUUUGGGUCAUUGUCCUGUUGAAAAUCAAAUGAUAGUCCCACUAAGCGCAAACCAGAUGGGAUGGCGUAUCGCUGCAGAAUGCUGUGGUAGCCAUGCUGGUUAAGAGUGCCUUGAAUUCUAAAUAAAUCAGUGUCACCAUCACACCACCUCCUUCAUAUUUCAAGGUGGGAACCACACAUGCAGUCCAAAAUUCUCAAAUUUGGACUCCUCAGACCAAAGGACAGAUUUCCACCGGUCUAAUGUCCAUUGCUCGUGUUUCUUGGCCCAAGCAAGUCUCUUCUUCUUAUUGGUGUUCUUUAGUAGUGUUUCCUGUGCAGCAAUUCAACCAUGAAGGCCUGAUUCACACAGUCAAGAAACAGACACAUCUCAACAUAAACUGUUCAGAGAACUCUGAAGCAUUUAUUUGGGCUGCAAUUUCUGAGGCUGGUAACUCUAAUGAACUUAUCCUCUACAGCAGAGGUAACUCUGGGUCUUCCUUUCCUGUGGCGGAAAGGAAGACCCAGAGUUACCAAAAACCCAGAGCCCCAAAACCCUUGAAUGAGUAGGUAUGUCCAAACUUUUGACUGGUACUAACUAUAUGUACAAAGAAGACAGAAGUGUUGUGGGUGAAGCAGAGCUAUGUUCAGUAGGCAAACGGUUCAGAAAGUUGCAGAUAGGAAUGUCUUGAAUACAGCUGACGUGAUUAGUUAUUCUACAUGUCAAGAGGCAUAUUUGCUCUACAUAACAAAUUGCUACCUGAACAUUGUGUGAUGUUGUAUCCUGCUGAAUGUGCAACAUGUUUACUUCAUAAACAAACCAUUUAACACAAAAACAAAUGGGAACACAAAAUGGUGUUAUUAGGGAAUCCAAUCAUUCUUUAGCCUACCCAAUACCAUUUAUGAAAGACUGGUUUCACCUAUUGGAGAAAUAGAAACCUUAAAGGCCCAGAGCAGUCAACUUGAUUGACCUAUGUUCUUUAUAUACAUUUCCACACUGAGGUUGGAAUAAUACUGUGAAAUUGUGAAAAUGUAAUUUAAAAAAUGCCCUUUUAGUGUAUGUGCUGAUUGAAAAGGCCGCCUGAAAUUUCAGCCUGUUUUUGGUGGAAUGGAGUUUUAGCCAAACCUUUCUGCCAAAAACAGUUUUCAGUUUUCCCCUCCCUAAAUCAGAUCACUCCCAAACAGUCCUAACAAAAUUGCACUUUGCUAAGAAGCCAUUUUUGUUUCUUUUAUACCAUUUUAAUUUUUGAAAAAUUAUCUCAGUAAGUUACUUAAUUGUUACCCAGAAAUAUGAUAUUGAGAUUUAAAGAAUCCCUGCAUUGGACCUUUAACAGUGUUGACAUGCAUUUGUUGUGGGACCCUAUCAACAAUGGAACAAUGGAACAAAAAUAUUGGCUGGAGGGUGUUUCGACAAUUUUUAAACCCAAGAGAAAGGGUGCAAGUGCGUGCUUCAGGAGAAGUGUCGAGAAUCAGGACACAACCGUAGUUGAAGAGCCACAGCCCAUCUAGAAGUGAGGUCAGUGUUGAUUGGUUGACAAAAGAAACCAGCAUUCAGAAGAGAGGUAUUCUUGGAGGAAUGGAAGUUUGAGCCAUAACAUAACAAGGAAAUAUGGGAUCCGUCCUAAAUGGCACCCUAUUCUUUGUAUAGUUUACUACUUUUGACAAAAGUAUGUAGGGAAUUAGGAUGCCAUGUGGGACGCAGUCCUAGUCUACCUUUUAUCUGUUGUUUGCUGAUUUUAUUAAAUUAUAUGAGUGUUAUGGA